UACUAAUGGAAUCUCUCUCAGUGUCAACCAACAGCUUCACUCUGGACCUUUACAAAAAGCUGAAUGAAACUUCCAAAGGCCAAAAUAUUUUCUUUUCUCCUUGGAGUAUUGCAACUGCUCUUGCCAUGGUCCACCUCGGUGCAAAAGGUGACACCGCAACCCAGAUGGCUGAGGUUCUUCAUUUUAACCAGAGUGCAAGAGAAGAAGGUUCAUCUGAGACAAGAAAGCCUUCUCCAGCGAGACCAAAGAAAAGAAAGAUGGAUCCUGAGCAUGAGGGAGCAGAAAACAUCCAUUCUGGCUUCAAAAAGCUCCUGUCUGACAUCAAUAAACGCAGAAGCACUUACUUGCUGAAGAGUGCAAACCGAUUGUAUGAGGAAAAGACCUACCCAUUAUUGCCUAAGUUCUUACAACUCACUACAAGCUAUUACAAUGCAAAGCCACAAGCUGUAAACUUUAAGAGAGCUGCAGAACAAGUCAGAGCACAGAUCAAUUCAUGGGUAGAAAAUAAAACUGAGGGGAAAAUACAGAGUCUGCUGCCUGCGGGAUCUCUCCAUUCUCGCACUGUGUUGGUCUUAGUAAAUGCCAUUUACUUCAAAGGAAAGUGGGAAAAGAAAUUUCUGGAGCAAAAUACUUCUGAGAUGCCCUUCAGAAUAAGCAAGACCAAGACUAAACCAGUACAGAUGAUGUUUUUGAAAGAUAAAUUUUUCACACUCCAUGAAACCACCAUGAAAAUCAGAAUAAUUGAGCUGCCAUAUGUGGAAAAUGAACUCAGCAUGUUCAUUCUUCUACCUGAUGACAUCAGUGAUAACACUACUGGCCUGGAGCUGGUGGAAAGAGAGAUGACGUAUGAGAAAUUGGCUGAAUGGACCAAAUCAACCAAUAUGAUGAAAGCUGAAGUGGAUCUGUACCUGCCCAAGUUGAAGGUGGAAGAGAAUUAUGAUCUUCAAUCCCCUCUGAGGAGCAUGGGGAUACGAAAUGCUUUUGAUCCAGCUCAGGCUGACUUCACAGGGAUGUCAGUGAAGAAGGAUCUUUUCAUCUCACAAGUUAUUCACAAAGCUUUUGUGGAGGUCAAUGAAGAAGGUACUGAGGCAGCAGCUGCCACAGGUGUCUUGACGAUGAGAUCAAGAGUCCCAACAAUGACUUUCAAAGCUGACCACCCUUUUCUUUUCUUCAUCAGACACAACAAAUCACAAACCAUCCUCUUCUUCGGCAGGCUUUGCUCACCCUAGUCAGUGAGUCCUUGCCCUGCAGAGCAGGAGACGCUUGCUAGCACACAGGCAAACCCCCAAACCUGAAGCUCUCUGCCACCAGGGGGAGCAGAACUUGAACCCCUUCUUCAUCAGACCACACACCCUGGUGCCUGAGGCACAGCUCCUCCAGCGUCUCCUUCCUGAGCGGAAGGGACAGCCACGGCAGUGCCACGGGGAG